CCUUUUGCAUAAUCUAGUCUUCACCCUGUCCGUACGAUCGGAGAAAAUGGCCUUCAUUUCGUUCGUCGGAAGAGUUCUCUUCGUUUCGGUGUUCAUCCUCUCUGCUUGGCAAGAGUUCAAUGAAUUCGGUAUUGAUGGUGGGCCAGCGGCAAAGGCUUUGAGGCCAAAAUUUGUUGUAUUCUCAAAGCAUGUUUCAUCUCAUACGGGGUUGCAAGUUCCAGAACUUGAAAUGAAGCAUUUAGUUGCUGCUGCCAUUGCUUUGAAGGGUAUCGGAGGUCUUCUUUUCAUCUUUGGCAGCUCUAUUGGAGCUUAUCUUCUGCUUUUGCAUCAGUUAAUAGCGACUCCUAUAUUGUAUGACUUCUAUAACUAUGAUCCUGAGAGGAAGGAAUUCAUCCAGCUUUUUACAAAAUUCACACAGAGCUUGGCAUUGUUGGGGGCACUGCUUUUCUUCAUCGGAAUGAAAAACUCAAUGCCAAGGAGACAAUUCAAGAAAAAGGCUCCAAAGACAAAAAUACUGUGAAGAGGGACAGUUGGUAAUCUGAGGAUAUAGUUUCUUGGUUACUGGCAGUCUUGCAGCUGUCCAUGAUCUAUUUCUGUAUGAUGCUUGUAUCAGGGGCUUUUCUUUCUUAGAUUAGGAUUAAAAGAAAGGAAGUUUGCUUACUUGAAAGAGUACCAUACUAUUAACUACUGAGUCAAUUUAAGGUUAUUGAAUUGAAUCUCAAGGAUCUUCAUUUGCAUAGCAUUUUGCCCUUUGCUGUUGAAUCCAGUUAUCCAGAGACUUGCUUUACGCAAAAUUGUUGUAAUUUGCUGUUGAAUCAAGAGACUUCAAGCAU